AUGUUCACAUCUGCCGGUCAUUUAACGCAUCGUGAAUCACUGUUGAUCAGACAUGGUCAGAACCAAGAAUGCUUCACAUGCCUUAUUGAAAUUCUUGAAGAUGCAAAUAUUUCAAUGGUUCAAAGAGAGAUGUGUCUUUCAUUUCUCAAGUCAGUUGUUGAUGAAAAUGAAACAUUUCUGCAGGUACUUCCAUCAUACCGAUUGGAGUGUUGCAACAUCAUUUGUGUUUUAACCGAUAUGUACACAGAGGAUCCACACAAGCUGACAGCAGCUUUGUUAUGUGCCAGUAUGAUUGAUAAAUUACAAGAUGAACAUCUCUAUGAAAUAUUUAUGGACAAAUUUCAAGAUGUUGUCCUUUCAAGACUAGUGGAAAAACAUAGCCAAUUUUACUUCAUUGUGUUGAGUAAGCUGUGUGAGUUUUCAAAAACAUAUUCCCAAAUGAUUGUUUCUUUUCAUGGGAACAUUAUACUCACUGUAUUGGAAGCUCAUCACUGCUUUGAUGAGGACACCCUCAGCUGGUUGGUCAGUCUUCUGAAAUUAUUGAUACCAAUACUUUGUUCUAACUGUGGGCUUUUGAAAGAAGGAAGUGAUUUGUUUCUAUGGAAAAUUCUAGAAGUUCUUGUUGUGUGGAUGAAUACAGUACACAGCUCUGAGUUACAAGUCAACAUAUUAUUUUUGUUGAGGGAAUGUUUGCAGUCAGAGGAAAUGAUAUCAGGACUACUUUUGAUUGGCAGUGAAGGAUCAGUUGAUUGUUCAUUGUUGAUGGGCUUAAAACGUAUUCUGGCAAGCAAGAACAGUAUGAUCAUUGUCCCAGGUACCCAGUGUUUGACUCUGCUGAUGGAAAAACUGACAGAACCAGCUCUAGUGAAAGAGGUCUUAGAUACAGAUCUAGCAGAAAUAGUUUUUGAGUUCCUUCACUCAACUAUUCCUUCUCAACUUGAGUCUACAUUUCAGUGCCUACAAGCAAUGGUUCAACAUCAAUAUUUCUUUGAAAAGUGCCAUGCAGUUUAUGGACUUGAUUCAAUACUCAAGUCAAUAAAAGAUGCACUGGACACUGGAAAAACUAUCAUUCUUAUAAAAGGUCUUGAGCUUCUAACAUCUUUAUUAGUAAGACAGCCAGAGAGUAUGCCCCUGUUUAUGAACCAGUCUUGGAACUUCUGCAUCACUUUGUUACAUACUGCCGUACAGUAUGAAACACCUGCAGUCUUUGUUAAGGCAUUAAAAGCUGUUGAACAGUUUAUGAGGCCUCAGCACCAACAAACCCCUUUGGCAGUAAGAUCCAUCACAUCAUUGUUAAGCACUGUGUAUUACUAUUAUGAGCAUCACUUGAAGUCACUCACCCAGAGUGGGCAAGGGCAACAGGCUUAUCACAUGACUAGCAGCAUUAUAAACAUUGUUGUAAGCACAUACAGGUAA